AUGAUUGGGUUAUUCAAAGUUAAGGAAGGAUCCAAAAAUGCUAAUGGAAGUAGCGCCUCUGGCAAGAAACAAUCUGCUGGUGAACUUCGUCUUCACAAAGAUAUAGCUGAACUGGAUCUGCCAGCAUACUGUUUGAUAUCUUUUCCUGAUGAAAAGUAUGACUUGAUGAACUUUGAAGUCACCAUUAAACCCGAUGAAGGGUAUUACAUGGGUGGUGCGUUUGUUUUCACAUUCCGAGUCUCUCCUGCGUAUCCACAUGCACCACCAAAAGUUACGUGCAAGACCAAGGUGUACCAUCCGAAUAUUGAUUUUGAAGGAAAUGUUUGUCUGAACAUCUUGCAUGAAGACUGGAAACCUGUUCUCAACGUAAACACUGUGAUCUACGGUCUUGUCCAUCUCUUCACGGAACCCAAUCACGAGGAUCCUUUGAACUGCAUGGCAGCAAAGGUCUUGAGGUAUAACCCGAAGCAGUUCGAGACUAAUGUCAAGACGGCUAUGAGUGGUGGCUAUGUUGGCGGAACCUCAUUCUUCCCUGGUUGCAUGUAG